AGGGGAGAGGGGCGCGGCUGCUGUGUAAUAAUGACGGGCACAGGAUAGGAAGGAGGAGGCAGGGGCUGUCUGUCAGUGACGGGUGCAGUGUGUCAGGGAGGGGCGGCCCCGGACAUGAGGGGUUUGUCUGCCGCUUCCAAUCCUGCGCUCACAACAAGCCUCGUGUGUGGAGUGAGAGCACGGAGGACGCGCCAGUCUCCAUAUCACCCCCCGCAGCUGGGAUUUACAAGUUCACCUUAAUCCUAAAGGCUGGAAACAAACAACUUUCUGGAGCCCAAUUUAGGAUGUCAAGAACCUUUUCUGGCUGGAUUGUGAACAGUGCGAAACACCGCUUUACACUGGUCUGCAGCGGGAGACGUCCGUAUUCCCAAUGUCUUGUGAAGGCACACCAAGCACGAUGGAGAAACGCGCGGUCAGGUAGGGCAGUCACACAAACACUGUUGUGCUACCCGAUCCAUCAGACGAUCUUAUCAAGGGAUAGAUCCUACAGGCAUGCCGCAGAGGAUGUCCCCUUACAGAUGUCCCCGGGGCACAUUAAUUACAUUCUCAGAGCCAACGAGCAGUCGUAUAAGGUACCGGACUUUGACGGCAAAAACCAAAGCACUGUCCUGAAGUUCGAAAGCAAUAUACUGGCUUCUAACGCGCCUUGCGAGGACCGGAGGAGUGCAGCUACAUGUCUGCAGACCAAGGGCCACAUGUUUGGCAUCUUCGAUGGCCAUGCCGGCGCUGCAUGUGCUCAUUCAAUCAGCGAGCGCCUGUUUUAUUACGUUGCCGUCUCGCUGAUGUCUCAGGAAACUUUGGAGGAGAUUGAGUUUGCCAGGGAGCAUAUGAAACCCGUUCUGCCCAUCCUUCAGUGGCACAAGCACAAGAAUGACUACCUGUACAGAGAGAUCGCAUCACUAUAUGUGGACCAUCUGCGCGUGUACUGGCAACAGCUAAUCGACCUGGACAAUGAAUCUGGAAUGAGUGUGGCUGAUGCAAUGACCUACGCGUUUCAGAGGCUUGAUUCAGAUAUAUCUCUGGAAGCCCAGGUUCCCACGGAGAACGAUUUUGUCCGCAACCUCACUUUGCAAAUUGCGUUUUCUGGGUCGACGGCCUGUGUCUCACACAUAGACGGUGUCCACUUGCACAUUGCUAAUACCGGGGACUGCCGAGCAAUCUUGGGUGUCCAGGACGACAACAGAACAUGGUCUGCUGUCCCUCUUACCUCUGACCACAACGCGUUUAAUCAUUCUGAACUACAGAGAGUACGAGCGGAGCACCCGGCUACUGAGGAGGAAACUGUUGUGACUGAUCAGAGGUUGCUGGGAAUUUUAAUGCCGUUUCGGGCAUUUGGCGAUGUUCGCUUUAAAUGGAGUGCAGAGUUGCAGAGGAGCGUUCUGCAAAACGCUUGUGCUAAAGAACCUUUACAUAUAGAGCAGUAUUAUCCAGCUAACUACCACACCCCGCCAUAUCUUACGGCGGCACCCGAGGUCACCUACCGUAAACUAAGACCUCAAGAUAAGUUUUUGGUUAUGGCUUCUGACGGACUUUGGGACAUGCUGGAGAACCAGGAAGUGGUGAGGCUCGUGGCAGAACAUCUAUCAGAGGUCGGUUUACAGGAACCUCAAGUCUCCAUAGGGAAACGCAGUUUGGGAUACAUGCAAAACCUGCUUCUUAAGCGACGAACCAGGAGGUUUAGCUUGCAGGACCAGAACAUUGCCACACACCUCAUCCGAAACGCUAUCGGGAGCAAUGAAGACGGUGAGGUUGAGCAGGAGAGACUGUCCGCCAUGUUGAGUUUGCCGGAUGAUGUGUCCAGGAUGUAUAGAGAUGAUAUCACGGUUACUGUUGUCUUCUUUAACUCAAAUGUUAUUGAGGAUCACUACAGAGAGAACGAUCUGGAAUAAAUGCGCCCACAUU